AUGGAAUAUGUCGAAUCAAUUAGCAAUAUUCAAUCCACUAUGUCGAUUGAUAGACCGUUAAAGAAGCUCAAAAUCCCAUCAUCAGAACACAAAGACCUUAGAGCUGCAACUUAUGAUCCAAAACAGUCUACUUACACUGCCCAUAAUUCAAGAUUUAGUUUUCCUUUUGCCCUUGAUGAUCAACUUCCUAUGCAAUCACCUGUUCAGAACCAAACUAUGAUUUCUUUUGCACCUCAAAAUUGCUCUCUAUACCCGUGCCAUCUUGCGCUAGUUCAGUGUCGGAACACUUACAAUUAUGGCACUGUUUCCACAACCCCUAAGCGGUACAGGGGAGUUAGACAACGCCACUGGGGAAAAUGGGUAGCGGAGAUUCGUCUUCCACGAAAAAGAACUAGACUCUGGCUAGGCACGUUUGACAGUGCUGAAGAAGCCGCUUUUGCUUAUGAUGUUGAGGCCUUUAGGCUCCGAGGAUCAAAUGCGCGGCUUAAUUUCCCGCAUCUGUUCCUUAGUGACCCGUCCGUUAACAACAUAGUCGAAACUAAUUCAGCAGCAGCCUCAAGCACUUCACUCUCAAAUAAUAGUUACCAAGUCCAACACAAAAAUAAACGGUAUAUCAAACAAUGUCAGAAAGAAGACAUGACACCUUCAGACGGGGGACAGAGUACCUCUGUUUUAGACAGUAAUAUACUACAAGUAAAUAGUGAUUAUCAGGCUUCUACUGACGCAAUGCAAUUAAAGGAAAGACUAUUUGAUAGUAUAUCAGAUAAAGGGUGGAUAGAUAUACUUCAAUCUGGUUCCUCUAUUGGCAGUCCAUUUGGGAACAACAUUUCUACUGAUGAUAAUUUGCAGUAG